UUCGCUCACUCUUCACCUUUCCUCCUCUUUCUCUCUCCCUCUCACUCCCUCUCUGUCUCUCCCUCUCUAGCUUCAGCCAUGGCUGAGACUACAGCAACUAAUGGAACCCAUGUCUUGAAUGUUGAAGAUGGUGAUGCCAAUCACAAAAACAACCAAGAAUCCGGCAGCUUUUGUGUCUCUGUGCCUUUCAUGCAAAAGGUGUUUGCUGAGGUGCUGGGAACCUACUUCGUGAUAUUUGCAGGGUGUGGGUCUGUGGUGGUGAAUUUGGUCUCGGACAAGACGGUGUCGUUUCCUGGGAUUUCUAUUGUUUGGGGGCUUGUUGUGAUGGUCAUGAUUUACUCUGUUGGUCACAUCUCUGGUGCCCAUUUCAAUCCUGCUGUCACCAUUGCCUUUGCAGUGACCAAGAGGUUUCCACUCAAGCAGGUACCUGCUUAUGUAGGAGCUCAAAUUCUUGGAUCAACACUUGCAGCUGGUACUCUUCGACUGAUCUUCAAUGGGCCCCAAAACCACUUUGCAGGAACAAGUCCUUCUGGAACUCCCUUCCAGUCAUUUGUGAUUGAGUUCAUCAUCACAUUUUACCUCAUGUUUGUUGUUUCUGGUGUUGCUACUGAUAACCGAGCGAUUGGAGAGCUUGCCGGGCUUGCGAUUGGCGCUACGGUUCUUCUUAACGUGAUGUGUACAGGACAGAUUUCAGGAGCAUCAAUGAACCCAGCAAGAAGCAUAGGACCUGCAAUUGCAUCAUGGCACUAUAAGCACCUGUGGGUAUACAUUUUUGGACCAACUCUUGGAGCUGUGAGUGGUGCCUUGGUCUACAAUGUCAUCAGGUUUACAGACAAACCACUGCGCGAGAUCACUAAGAGUAGCUCUUUCUUAAAAGGAGUGGGGCUCAAGUAACGGCUCGAAUUGGUGAAAAAAUUAGAGGAAAGGAAGGGUUUAUUAACUAGUUAAUUCUACAGAAUUUAAACAGAUUUGUGGUUAGAUAAAAGAGAAGGAACAGACCUACCUUUUUUAUGGUUUAUGCACUUUUUGUUUUUUGUUUUCCAGCAAGUCAGGUGGCAGAUGUAUUGUUCUACAGUUGAAAGUGGAAAUUUGAAUUCCCAUGUUUGGAUAUUACUGUAUCAUAUGUUAUCUUCUGAUCCAUGCACAGGUUGAUAAAUCAAAUCGAAGUGUGUUUUUGU